AUGGAGAUAAUGCGACAAGGUCGAGUCAUCCUGGAGAGGAGGUCACUCCCCCACUCAACUUCCACCAAGGUCGAGAUAAAUGCCUCUACAAUCCCCCGACCCAGUCGUCCUCCGAGGGCCUCGUCUACUUCUCAGCCUGCCUCCUCUGUUCAUCCCAGGGCCUCCUCUAUUUCUCGGCCUGCCUCGUAUGCUCAUCCUAGGGCCUCGCCUACGUCCCAACCGACCUCUGGCCCGGGUCGCGGCCAUGGUCAAAGAUCAACCAAUGUAACUUAUGCCAGCCCUGCCUUCAGAGAAGCAUCUCAGGCGGCUCGUCGUGCACGCUCUGAGACUGACCGCUUGAGUCGGGACACACCCUCUUCUUCACGACGUCAGACCCGAUCGCCCUCCGAUGAUUCUGAUUCUGACGAUAGACCCCUGGCUUACAAAUCUCGCCGCAGAACCACCAAACCUAACCAAGCUUCGGGCCCUUCCUCUGCUCCUCAUCCCUCGCCUCCUGUUGCAACCACCACUCCUAUCCCGAGCCCGUCAGAGGCUCCUCCUGAUCCUCCCGUAGUUCCUGGCGGGCCUCCACUAGCUCAACCUUCAAUCUCUCAACGACACAGGAGUAUCAAAGCUGGCCCCUCACAUCGUCUUUCGCCUGCCACCUCACCUCCAGAGCCCUCCAGUGCACCCCCUUCAGCUCCUUCUAGCUCAGCUGCUGAGCCUUCGCAGCCACCACCACCUGCCUAUCACUAUUGCCGUACCACCACCCCUUCUGAGGUUGAGUUAAGAUCCAAGCAAGAUGUCCCCAUCAGCACCUUAACAAUGAAAAGUCAUUUGGCUACUUUAUGGGUAGAAAGUAUGAAUCAGAUGGAACUCUUGCCGCUACCCGCCCAAAUGGAUAGAUUUUCAGAGCUGUAUAUCAGGGCGGCGCAACUGGCGUCUCAAGCAACAGAACUUCUGGCCGUUCGGACAGAACUAUCUCAGGCUCGUGCUACCACAGAGGAAGUAUCCACAGCCUUGACUGUCUACAAGGAAGGGGAGAAUGGCCGCUGCAAGCAGAGCCACGACUUGUACUUACGCUCUCCAGAGUUUUGCGCUCAAGCGGGGCAACAUUUUUCCGCAUCUGUUAUCUAUGGUGCAGCUGGGGCUCUGAGGCAACUAUAUGAACAAGAUUACCUGAAAUCCGCUCCUCCCGCCGAGUUUCUGGAUCAUGACCGGAUCAUUAAAGAGAUUCCGGAUGAUAUUUUUGCUCCUUUUAAAUGA